AUGCCUCCACGGCGCAAAGGCGCAAAGGCAGCGAAAGCAAAGGCCAAAGAACCAGCAAAAGAUCAAUCUCAGACUGUAUCAACAGCACGAGGAGCGCGUAAACGCGUCCGGUUGCCCGAACUGCCCCUUGAGUUGUGGCGUAUGAUCAUCAAAGAGGCAUGCUCUUACCCGUUCGAGAUGGACUACAGCGAGGAAUCUCCACGAGCAAUGGCUGCGCUCGGCUGUCACGACCUACGCACCUUCAACCGCAUAGGAGGGCUGGACGCCCGCCGGCUGGCAUAUCAGACGCGUCGAAACGUCGUUCUCGUGAACAAAUUAUGGUGGGCACUCGGACAGGAAUACUUCUACCACACCAUCUUUAUCAGCGAGAGCUCACGCCCACUGUUCCCCGACCUCCUUUGCCAGUUUCUGCGCAGGCCCAGCAUCUGUCACUAUGUUAGGCGUCUUGAACUCAACUUCGAGAUCAGUCGAGUGUCUGUAGAGUCCACAGGGACCCUCCUCCGUGGAUUUAUCAAGAAUUGCCCAAACCUCGAAGUCGUCGAUGACCAUGUCACCCGCAAGACAUCCUCCAAAAAAGAGCGUGGCGCAUCACCCAUUCGGAUUGCACCACAAGCCGCUCACGAGAUUCCGUUUGCCAUUGCUCUCGGAAAUAAGCAUAAGAAGUCGAUCAAACAUGUCGGGUUUUCCGCAGGAUCAACAGCUGCGUUUACCUUUGUGUGGUCCAUUAACGCGAUCAAUCGCUUUGAGAACCUACAGAUUCUCUCGCUCCACGAGUUUCCUGGCUGGCAAAAGCUUCCACCUCCGAUGAGUCCCGAGGAAGCGCAACAGAGACAGGAACGUGCCAGGCGCAGGCUGGAGCAAGGACGGUCCCGCUAUCACUAUAGUGACGAAGAAGAGGAGGAUGAGGAUGAUGAGGACGACCCCGACGCGUUUUCUAUACCAAAUCCGAUCAGACUACCUUGCCUCCAUACUCUCGACAUUUCGCGUCUUCCGAACACUGAGAAGUCGAUGGCUCGAUCCCUUGUACAUUGGCUCAAGAGUUGGGAAAUUCCAGCCGUGAAGCAGCUUGGCCUCUCGGUAUAUCAUCUCGAAUCCAUUCCGUUUCCGUUGCUCUACCAAGUCGCCCCGACCCUCAAACUGCUGGUCCUUCAUCACUUCUCCGUCAAACAUAGAACCCCACCGAACCCACCCGGGGGAGGAUCGGCACGAGCACAACGGGCUUCGACUCAGGCUCCAGCUCGAAUAGAUCCUCUGCAAGGAAAAGUGAUCGAAUUCCCAGAGCUUGAGCGAAUCAUCGUCACAGCCCCGACAGUGAACCCCAACUGGUACCGGCUAUUUGACUGUCCCAAGCUGAGCACCUACUUCAAACGGUCUCGACUCUCCGACUCCCCUGUGGACAGAUUCGGAAAAAUGCGCUCUCAUAUCACCGCGGCGUACAACCAUAUGCCAAGGCUCGUCACGUUUCAGGUCCUCGAUGUGCCCUUCAAGUCUAUGGAAAUCCCAGAUGACAAGAUUCGCUUUUGGAGAACCGUAAACAGGGAUUUAGUCGCUCGCAAGAUUCGUCUGGUCGGUGCCGAGUCAACACUAUGGAAGGAUUGUCGGCCUGCAGAUGAAGAGCAACAAUUGAGAAAGAGAAAGCUGGAGGCAGAAAAGGCAGCCGCAGAAAAGGCCGCAGCAGAAAAAGCAGAAGCGGAGAGACUGGCCGCGGAGAAGGCAGAAGCAGAGAGACUAGCCGCGGAAAAAGCUGCCGCGGAAAAGGCGGCUGCAUCGGAAGCGGAUGUGCAGAGUGCGCUGGCUGAAGGCGCUGGAGAAGUGGGCGCAUCGCAAGGUGACUCCGGUCUGCCAGAUUCAGAGUCGCAAAGAACCGUCGUUUACAUUCCAGAGGGGCAGGAACCCUAUACAGCGCCAAACCGAGAUACGGAAACCGACACGACAAGUAAUGCAAACGGUGAUUAG